UACUUCCCCACCUUAUCCGUCUCCCUUUCACUAACAGCAUAUGCUCUUCCAUGGAUCCCCUUCAUUUCUCCUCCAUCCAGAAACUAUUCACCACAAACACAACCUAACAAUACUUCUCCAUUCCAAUUUCAAUUAACAAAAGAUAAGAACAUUAACCAUUAAAUACUAAUUCCAUUUGAUGAUGGCCUGUGCAACUACAAGACCCACCUUCUCAUUCCACCUUUCCCAACUCUUACCUCCCAAACCCAGAAUUUAUUCUUCCAAAUCAUCAUUUCUUUCUGUCCAAAAACCCCAGAAGACCCACUUCAUUCUUCACUCAAUCGAUGUCUCUAAAGAAGACAAACCACCCACUUCAAACCAACCUAGUAAUAGCAAUCCUCCUCCACCACCACUAGAAUCACUGACUGAAGCAGAAACUGAAACAGAAUUUGAUCAAAGGAGGUUAGAAGAGAAGUUUGCAGUGUUAAACACUGGAAUUUAUGAGUGUAGGUCUUGUGGGUACAAAUAUGAUGAGGGUGUUGGUGACCCAACAUAUCCAAUUCCACCAGGGUUUCAGUUUGAUAAGUUGCCUGAUGAUUGGAGGUGUCCUACUUGUGGAGCUGCAAAGAGUUUCUUUGAGAGUAAAAGUGUAGAGAUUGCUGGAUUUGCACAGAAUCAGCAAUUUGGGUUAGGAGGCAACUCACUCACUUCUGGGCAAAAGACUAUUUUGAUAUAUGGGACCUUGUUCUUCUUCUUUGUUUUGUUCUUAUCAGGGUAUUUUCUGCAAUAGAGGAUGGUUACUGAUAAGAAUUUUGUAAGUUCUCUUUUUGGGUUUUGUGCUUAUUGUAUCAUGUCCAGUUUUAAAUUUAUGAUACUUGCAAAUAGAUUCAUAUUUAAGAAGUGGAUAACUGGGGUUAUAGCA